CCUUCUUGACAAAAAUGGAGACGGUAAAAUCAGCAUUGAGGAACUUAUGGAAAUAAUGGAAGAGGUUGGUGCUCAAGGGGAUGAUGCCCAGGAGAUGAUGUGCAUCCUUGAUUCCAACAGUGAUGGUUCUCUAAGUUCAGACGAGUUUGAUUUAUUCCAGAAACAGGUUGAAUUGAUGCGUAACUUAGAAGAUAGAGAUGCUCAAUACAAGACUCUUUUAAAUAAAAAGCUUGAAAUGGCAGAUAGCAGUGGGUUGAUUCAGGCAUUCACGAAAGAACUCAGGGACAGACUUGCUAUGAACUAGGCCUUAUCAGGCACAUUUAACUUAAGAACAUGUACCAUGAUUUUGAUUUUGAUUCAGGCUUACAGCAAAAUGCAGUUUACAACUCAUUUGUCUUGCUCGUUCUGGUAUUGGUGUCUUCAGAACUUAUCAUCUGUAAAGAAUUAUUAGGUAGAGUACUCCUAUACUAUGUAAAUAGAAAACUGUGUUCUUAUUUUACUGGAACACAGAUUUUUCUGUGUGAUAUUUUUAGAGCCAGCUAUACAUAAAUAAAUAUAUGAAGUGGUUGUGUACCA